CUGAGUUUGAAAUAAACUUCAGACAGGACUCCACAGUUAGGAUUUUCUGAUUUCUCACAAGAUGCUGGACUGGAGAUUGGCAGGUGCACAUUUCAUCCUUGCUGUGAUUGUGAUGCUGUGGAGCUCAGGAAAAGUGCUCUCCAUGGAUUUAGCAACAGAGGCCUUUGAUUCUGGAGUGACAGGUGUGCAACCACCACCCACAGUCAGGGAAGAGAAAUCAACCACUGACCUCGCAGCCAAGCUCUUGCUUCUUGAUGAGUUGGUGUCCUUGGAGAAUGAUGUGUCUGAGACCAAGAAGAAGAGGAGCUUCUCUGGCUUUGGCUCUCCUCUAGACAGACUCUCAGCGGGCACGGUAGAACACAGAGGAAAACAGAGGAAAGUAAUAGAUCAUCCAAAAAAGAGGUUUGGUAUUCCCAUGGAUCGGAUUGGUAGAAACCGGCUUUCAAAUUCCAGAGGCUAAUGGAUUCCAAUUAUAUGACUUCCUUGGGCAAAAUGUCACAAAGAUAUGGAAGAUGCUUCAGUGAAGCUCUUCAGUAUUCCUUAAUGGCUAA